AUGGAUUUACCGGAUCCAUAUUUACCUGGCGCUCUAAGCCUGUUGGAACAACUCGACAAAAAACUUUUGGUAGUCCUUCGUGAUGGACGCACAUUGAUUGGUUACUUAAGGACAAUUGAUCAGUUUGCGAAUUUGGUACUGCAUGAAACUCUAGAGAGAAUCCAUAUUGAUAAAUAUUAUGGUGAUAUACAACGUGGAGUAUUUUUAAUUCGAGGAGAAAAUGUUGUUCUGGCGGGUCUUAUUCUCGUUUCUGCAAAAGAGAUCCUUUCGUUGCAAAGAGAAAAAAUAGAAGAAAGGGAACGAUUCGAGGAAGCUAGAAGUAAAAUAAUGAAAGGACGCGGUCAGCGUGCAAAACCUGUAAUCGAUGUUUUUAAUGAUGAAUCAUGA